UUCGUUUAUUGUUGGGUUUGGUUAGUACGUCUUUCUUAAUUGAAGUUAUAGUUUAUAGAACGACAUCGUUUAAACGAAGAAGCACACUACUUACAGAUUUCUCCUGCAUCUCUCUAUUAAAACAAAUCAAAUCUCCAUUAAAAAGAAUCUAUUCUCGAGAAAAUGCACGGGGUGUCUCGCAAGCCACCGACGCCAGAAGAAGCGGCGAAAACGGCCGCCAAAGCCGAAAAGCUGAGCAUUCUUCAAUCUCAAGUUCUUCACAAUCAUCACCACAACAUUUAUAGUAAAGAAGCUGUAGAGGUAAGCGCUAAGCUUCUAGAAGCAAAUCCGGAGUUUUACACUGGUUGGAACUAUAGAAAACUUGCUGUUCAACAUAAUCUUACUCAAUCUAGCUCCGAUCCUGACGCCGUUAAUUCUAUUCUCGAUGACGAACUUCGAGUGGUAGAGAGGGCAUUAAAACAAAAUUUCAAGUCAUAUGGAGCGUGGCAUCAUCGAAAAUGGGUAAUAAGUAAAGGCCACUCUUCUGUUGAUAAGGAACUGAAUCUUUUGGACAAGUUAUUCGCUGUUGAUUCCCGUAAUUUUCAUGCUUGGACUUAUCGAAGAUUUGUAGCAGAAUUGAUGAACAGAUCGGAGAAUGAUGAGUUGGAGUUCACUGAGCGUCUGAUCAAAAAGAACUUCAGUAAUUAUUCCGCAUGGCAUAAUCGAAGCUUUCUUCUGUCUAAUUUGGUGAAGAAAAAUGUUAAAGGAUUUUCCAACAAAGAAGAGGUCUUAACCAGGGAGCUUGAAUUGGUGCAUGAUGCUGUGUUUACUGAACCAAAAGAUCAAAGUGGUUGGUUUUAUCAUCUUUGGCUUCUCAAGCAAACUGUUAACAUUGAGGGUCCUGUGCUUGUUUCUUCAUGGCCAGGUCCUGGUUCGGAUGUCAUUCUGUUAGGAGAUAGCUGCCUGGAAAAUCACACUGCUUCUCCUUUCAAUGUAUUCCAAUUAAAUUCAGGAACAUUUCCGCUCAUUCUUUACUUUAAUCAGGCUGUUGAAGGGGUGAACUCACUUUCAGUAACGGUCGCAUCUAAACUUAUUUCAAAUGAGAAUCUUAUUUGGAAACCUAUUUCAAUUAAUAACACUCAGGUUGCCCAAGUUUGGGUAACACAGUUAAGUUUUCUUGAUAUGGAUCUCCAUGCUUUAGAAGCUUUUCCUGUGGAGGUUACCUUUGGACCAUGUCAAGGAAUAAUUUCUUCUACCGGCAUUCCCUAUAGCCAUCCUUCUCAUUUGGCAUUUACCGUGCAUGUACAAUCGGUCAAAACAGGACUUGUGGAAGAGGCAGUUUUAGAGAGGAUUUCGUGGAUAGAUAGUAACUUUCACCUUUGUGAGCCUCAUUUGUUGGAAUCAGAUUUAGUUGCUUCACUUGACCUCCUAAGUGUAAAAAAGAAGCAUGAACUACCAGCUUUGACAUGGCAAGAAAAAAUUAUAGAGGAAGAGAUUAACCUCUUCCGUGAGUUGUCAGACUGCAAAAUUGGGAAGCUUACCCUUGCAAGACUAUUGACUUCUCGUGAUGAAUUAGUGUCUACCGAAGAGUUAAUAAAUUCCGAAGAAAUUCUUAGAUUAUACCCUCAAUUAAUGAAGCUGGAUCCAACGCAUUCUCAGUACUACAAGGAUGUAAACAGCUUGGUCUUAAUGCGACAGGCGACGUCUACUAGGGAAUCUGUUCUGAGCCACUGCUUUCACUACAGGAACUCAACUUCAUCAAGCACUGGCUAUCCUAUAUGUUUAAGACUGAAUAACUUAUCAUUAUCACGAAUCGGAUCUGUUGAGAGAUUAUUGUGGGUCCAAAUGCUAGACCUCAGUCGCAAUGAACUUCAAUCAAUUGAAGGCCUCGAGGGUAUGCAGCUACUUUCUUACUUGAGUUUGAGUAGAAAUAAGCUCUCUAGUUUUACUGCUCUGGAGCCUCUGAGAGAGAUGAAGUCAUUAAAAGUGCUGGAUAUUUCAUAUAAUGAGAUAGGUGCACACUCUAUUGAUACAACGAGAUACAUUUGCUCUUCUCCGUUAUCUCAUUCGGUUGGAAGUGAAUGGGAGCAGGAUAAAACUAUGGUUGAUGGAAUCAACAUGGCAAAAUACUGGGAAGCAUUUUUUGUGCUGAAGGGCUUGAACUUGACAACAUUAGAUGCAGUAGGGAAUGCAAUUGUUGAUGAAAAAUUUGCCUCAUUUUUAAUUAAGAUCCUGCCUAAACUCAAGUGGCUGGAUGGUGUAGAACUCUGAAUUCAAGUUUUGAAUUGGAGAAUUACUAGAUAAAAGGAAAAAUAGCUAUACACAAUGUUUCAUGGAA